AUGAAAUUAAUUUUGUUGUAUUUGUUAUUUUGUUGUAUAAAUGCUGACCAUGGUCAUUUGACUUAUACUACUGUGGUGACAUUUGGUGAUUCAUUAAGUGAUACUGGCAAUGGUUAUCGAAUUUCACAGCGUAGUUGGCCACCGGUACCUCCAUUUAAUAAAAAUCGAAGUUAUACAGAUGACCUUACUUGGAAUCAAAUACUGACACAAAAACUUUUAUAUGAAGCGACUCUACAAGAUUUUGCCUAUGGUUUUGCAACAAUCGAUAGUGAAUUAGUUCAUGGAACGAUGGGUUCCCAUGCCAAUAUAAAUGUUGAUUGCAACUGUCUAUGUUACAAGUCUAGGCCUAAACGACGAUUUCAAGUACGGUUUGCUUUAAUUAUUCUUUUUUUUAUUUUACGUAUUGUGGCUAUUGGACUCUAUGCAUCAUCAUCCGAUGAUGACUAUGAUGGUGGAAUAUCAGCUGCUAUUUGUGCUUUUUCACUUAUCUUUUUAUUUACUACAUUUUGUCUAGAUUUAUAUCGUUAUUGUGUUUGGUGGCAUUAUACACCUUAUGGUGAUACUCGAUGUCAUUGUCGAUCGAAAAAACAUGAACGAUAUAUACCAUAUCAUAUGGUUGGUGAUAAUCGUAAUCCAAGAUUAUUAGGUAAUCGACCUUGUCGUGAACAGCCAUGUCACAAAAGAAAACUUGAUCAUAUUGCAGUAUUUCAUUCGACAUAUAAUCAGCCACAAGGUCAUCAUCAACCUCAUUAUAUUGGCUUUCACACGACUACAUCUGAAGCUGCUGUUUCAAUUGCACAUAGUGAAUUUCAACCGAGUACUGGUGUUUAUUUCGCUCGAUCAAUCGACGGAACAAUUGGCAAAGCCAGAACUGGUGGUAGUGCUUAUAUUAUUGCUAAAAUUCGCAUGGGUAAAGUAUACGAAGCUCACCGAAAUCUUUUAAAUAAAAAACAUCCAUUAUUCAAUCCUCAAGUGUAUGACUUUGUUCAUCGAUGA